AUGCCAUUGGAUACCUCCACAUACUCCCUGGCGCUCCUGCGCGUCGAUGGACGCCGCUGGAACGAGCUUCGUCGCCUGCACGCCCUCAUCCGCACCCAGGACGCCGCCGACGGCUCCUCGUACCUCGAGAUGGGCCACACCAAGGUCAUGUGCGUCGUGUCUGGUCCGUCGGAGCAGCAGCAGAACCAAAGGCGAGGCGGCCAGGCCAACAAUGCGUCGCGCGACGGAGCGACGGUCAAUGUCAACAUUAUCGUGGCUGGUUUCUCCAGCGUCGACCGCAAGAAGCGCGGGCGCAACGACAAGCGCACACAGGAAAUGGAAAUUACGAUUGCGAAUGCCUUUUCGUCGAACCUGCACACCCACAUCUUUCCUCACUCGAGCAUCUCCAUCUCCCUCCACGUCCUGUCGCAGGACGGCUCGCUGCUCGCCGCUCUCCUCAACGCCACCACGCUCGCCCUGAUUGACGCCGGCAUUCCCAUGUCCGACUACAUAUCCGCCUGCACAGCGGGCUCGACGUCGUCGUUUGCCGCUGGCGACGACGCGGCCGACCCGCUGCUCGACCUGAACAACCAGGAAGAGCAGGAGCUGCCGUACCUCACCGUGGCGACGCUGGGCGACAGCGAUCGCGUGGUGGUGAUGGCGUGCGAGAGCCGCAUCCAGGUCAGCCGCUUCGAGGGCAUGCUGGUGGUGGGCAUUGAUGGGUGCAAGCAGGUCAAGAAGUUUCUGGAUAGUGUGGUCAAGAACAAGGGUGGCAAGAUGAUUCGUGAAGGGGCGAUACAGAAGAGCGACACGAUGGUCAUGGACUUGGACGAGUAA